UUUUACUGUUCUGUAUUCUGUAGCAGAUAAGUGGUAACCUUCGGAAGGUUGCAUGUGUGUUAGAGAGUGAUUCUAAUUUUUCUUAUGGCGUAUUCGAUUACGAUGAGUUUUAUAAAUUGAGAUACAGGUAUACAAUUUAAGUCUCGAUGAUGGUCUUGGACCAUUGUAAUUUUCGUUAUCCUUCAAAAACUAAGACUCAGUGGAACAAGUGCAAGUGCGUAUUGACGAAAGCUUCAAAUACGUUUGAAGCUUUCGAGUCCGUGUUCAUGGAACUAUGAACCUUGAUUCAUUGUCUUUUACUUUGUCUCAAAUAAGUUAUUUAAUCGCUACUUUAACGAAAAAGAACUACAAGCUGGUUGUAGCAGAACUCCUAGAGGUAGUCACUUUACAUGGUCUUGAGGCAGACCGUCACUUGGUCCAGUGUCUGUUCUCGUCAGUGAAUUUCUCUAAUCAGACAGUCAAAGUUGCUACACCUCACAUCCAAUUAUUAUUGGACCAGUGUGCUCGGUUACUGAAUACACCAUCCUUACUCACAGCAGUUUGUUACCUUACUGAUAGACCUUUGGUAAAUGAAAAGAAUCUGAAGGUUGGCCCCCAGUUUUUUUCCCAAUUGAGCAAGCACUUGCGCCUUUCUGCUGUUCAGGAGGUGUUAUUUGCUUUAGCUCUUCGUCAUUCUUCAAUAUCAGAAGUUUCAAAUCUAGCCCAGAGCCAUUUGAGGGUUACCGUACCUCUAUUAGUGCAGUCCUAUAUUGACACAGAAGGCAGCAGCCGUCAGCACGAAGGCGGUCUUCACGAAACCAGCCCCGAAGUGCUACACUUCAUCUUGUCCGCCAUCUUGGAGUCUCCCAAAGAAGUGGGCCUGACGAACGAAAAACACACGACCUUUUUGCACACGCUACAAAAAGACUUUUCGAAGGAACAGGUGCCCGUGGUAUUGGCGCCCUUAGUUUACCCUGAACAGUUCGAACUAGCUCCCGAGAUGUCGUCCGAGGGUCCGGGACUAGCCGGAGGUAUCCUGGAUACGUCUCUGGCGGAUCUCAUUAAAGAGGUGGGCUACGGAUUCACCUCGUCACUGGAGGAAUGCAGGAAUACCAUUUUGAAGUUGGGAGGACGCGACAUUGCGCCCUCUACAAUUGCUCGCGUUCUGGCAGUCAUGUGCCGAACUCAUACCGGAUUAGACGAGUCUCUAGGAACAUUCAACAAGACAGCAGAUGUUAGGACCUCGUGGAACACAGAAAUAUUUGUACAGGCUUUAAAGGAAGUUUCACCUUCACUCCAGUGGAACAACGUGGUGGCGGAAUUGGACCAUCCAGAAUUCGUAAUCAAAGACAGACAGGGACUGUGCAUAUUGAUUAGCGCUCUACGCCAGGGAUUUCAGUCUCUAGGAUUUCAUCCGGAAACCUUUCCAGUCGAUCACUUUUACAAGAGAUGGGCUAAUCUGGAGGGACAGUUCAGUUUGAUCCAACAGAUUCUGAAGAACUCCGACGUAUUCUGUUUUGUCGAUUAUCCCUGCGUGUCCGUGGCAAUUGACGUGUUGAAGACGCCACCGGAACAAGACAGCAAGGAAUUGGCCAACUGGAGAUCUUUAAAUUUGAUUGAGCUGCUUUUAAACGUGUCGGAGUUUGGCCUGUACACUCACGUUCAGGAAUUAUUUAAAGUGCCUGUUCACAGCUGUCCCGAUGUUUUGGUGUUGGCUCUACUGCAAAUAUCGGGGCCAGUUACUCUACUCAGACAAGAACUGUUGACAAAUUUGAUUCCGAUAUUUCUGGGGAAUCAUCCCAAUUCCGGUAUAAUACUUCACCACGCUUGGCACACGCAAAACAUCAAUAUCAAGCCGGUUAUUAUGCACGCCAUGGCGGAAUGGUAUGUCAGAGGAGAAUGCGAUCAAACCCGGCUAUCUCGAAUAUUGGAUGUGGCCCAAGACCUGAAAGCGCUCUCCAUGCUGCUGAACGCCCAAUCUGCUCAGUCAUACCCGUUCAUAAUAGACCUGGCUUGUCUGGCUUCGAGACGGGAGUACCUCAAACUGGAAAAGUGGUUGUCGGACAAGAUCAACGAACAUGGUGAAGGCUUUAUUACGGCCUGCGUCAAGUUCCUUCACAGAAGAUGCCCCCAAAUUGGAAAAGAGGACUUAAAUUUAAUAAAUAAAUCGGGUCAACUGCCCGCUGACACUCUAACCACAAUGAUGGUGUGUCUGCAGAGGUGUAUGAAUAACGUGAGUCCUGAGUGCCAGGAAGCCAUCAUAGCCGUGAUCAACAGUUGUUCGAUGUUGCUGAAGACGAGGCAGCAGAACCCGAACGCGCUCGUACGCAGCCGGGGCAUAGACACCACCCUUAACCCGUCAGUCUUUGCCGGACAACUCUACAAUCACGCCGGAGUGGACCAGAUUCAAAGUUUAGGAACGAACUUGACCAAUUUAAAUCUGGCCGGCCCAACAAACAAUACUUUCAACUUACAAGGGGGUUUGGGUCCGCUGGUGCAGUCGCCCGCGUCCCCUUCGCGGCUCCUCAGCGGCCCCUCAAACAGUCCAUUCCCCCUUUUGCCGAUGCAGCAUCAGGGACCCGUGGGCACCAGUUCAUCGUUGGUGCUGGGAGUGAACCAAAUAGGAAAUUUGGGAAGGCUGGGCCCCACCGCCAACAUAGACAAAACCCGUAUCCAGGACUACAACCUGUUUCCCGAGGGAUCGCCGCACGUGUCCAAGGAGAUCGAGGAUGAGGCCAACAAUUACUUUCAGAGAAUCUAUAAUCAUCCCCCGAAUCCAUAUUUAUCGAUCGACGAAGUUCUCAGUAUGCUUAAACGCUUUCAGGAUUCACACAACAAGAGAGAGAAAGAGGUUUUUAAUUGCAUGCUGAAAAGCCUCUUUGAAGAAUAUAAAUUUUUCCCGCAAUAUCCUGACAAGGAGCUCCAGAUAACGGCUCAGCUUUUCGGGGGCAUCAUAGAAAGGGGUAUCGUAACUUCGUAUGUGACGUUAGGUUUGGCACUAAGAUUCGUCUUGGAAGCCUUAAAGAAACCCGAAGGAUCCAAAAUGUACUAUUUUGGAAUAGCUGCGUUGGAUAAAUUUAAAACCCGUUUGAAAGAAUAUCACAAAUAUUGCGAACAUGUGAGACAAAUCCCGCAUUUUAGCGAUUUUCCUCAACACUUACAAGAGUACGUCGAAUAUGGAUUGCAAGGCAUGGAACCCCCGUCCAAACCCGAAGGCUCGGUCCUUCCCGCCAGUUUGGCCGCUAUGUUAGCUCCGCCCAACGUCUCUGUUUCGCAAGUUUACAAGACUAACACUACAGUGAGCAGCACCGCGUCUAGUAAGACGAGUACCACCCCCGCCAGUACCCUUGGCAGUCGACCUUCCAUCGCCAACGCCACCAACAUCGACACUCUGCUAGUGGCCACCGAGAAAGAGGAAAAGGCUAUCGCUCCACCCGAGUCUUUACAGGACAAGACCGCCUUCAUUUUCAAUAAUCUGAGUCAGCUAAAUCUGAAAACGAAAUGCGACGAACUCAGAGACCUCGUCUCGGACGAGUACUACCCCUGGCUGUCACAGUACUUGGUGAUGAAAAGGGCGUCUAUCGAAUUCAACUUUCACGGACUCUACUCGAAUUUUUUGGAUACUUUGGCCAUAAUUGACAUUUAUAAGAUGGUUGUAAAGGAGACUUUUAGAAACAUCAGGGUACUUCUUAGAUCUGAUAAAGCAAUUGCAAAUUUUUCCGAUCGGUCUCUAUUAAAAAAUUUGGGACACUGGUUGGGAAUGUUGACUUUGGCGCGCAACAAACCCAUUCUACAGAUAGAGCUCGACUUGAAAUCGCUUUUGGUGGAGGCGUACCAUAAGGGACAGCAAGAACUUCUAUAUGUAGUGCCAUUUGUCGCCAAGGUUUUAGAAUCUUGUUCGAAAAGCAAAGUAUUCAAGCCUCCAAAUCCCUGGACUAUGGCGCUUAUGAACGUUUUAGCAGAGUUGCAUUCUGAGCCAGACUUAAAGCUAACACUCAAAUUUGAAAUCGAAGUGCUUUGCAAAAACUUGGAAAUCGAUGUGGCCCAGUUAAAACCGGCUGUGUUUCUCAAGGAUCCCGAAAGGAUUCGGAAGAUCGAGUAUCAGUUGUCUCAGCCCGCCAAAAAAGAGCCCAUUCUAUCGUCCUCCCAAGGAAAUCAAAGCAGUAGUCUGGCGGAACCAGAACUCGCAAAUAUUAUUGCUGGCCAAUCGACAAGUUCUCCGGUAUUGGUAAUGCAAAAUAUCAGUACGACUCCCACUUCAUCUAUGGGAGCUCCUCCUGAACCCCGCUUCAGUUAUUCCGACAUUCAAAUGACUGGGAUGCAGGCCCUCCAAAACUACAUCGUCAUUUCGCCCAACAUCCUGCUGUUCCAGAGCCACUCGCAGCUCAAGGGGCUGGUACGCACCGCGGUAGAACGCGCGGUACAAGAAUGGAUCGCCCCGGUCGUAGACAGGGCCAUUAAAAUAUCGCUCCCCGCCUGCGAGAACAUUAUCCGGAAGGACUUUGCCUUGGAACCGGACGAAGAGCGGAUGCGUCUCGCUGCCCACUACAUGGUGCGGAACUUCACGGCUGGGAUGGUGAUGAUCACCUGCAGAGAUCAGUUGUUGACCGCGAUUAACACUCAUUUAAAACAGGCACUAAAUGCCCAGAUGGUGACACCCGGCGUCCAACAGAAGGACAUGAUAGAACAGGCCGCCAGCAUAGUGGCCAGCGAAAACAUGGAACUAGCCUGUGUCUUUGUCCAGAAAACGGCCGUGGAAAAGGCCAUUCCCGAAAUCGAUAAAAGAUUGAUGAGCGAGUACGAAUUAAGACGAAUCGCCAGGAAAGAAGGAAGGUGUUAUUGCGACACUAUAGCUCUGGCUUACCAAGGCGAUCACAUGCCCGAACCGAUUCGCUUAAAAGUGGGCAGUUUGACGGGGUCCCAAAUGGCCGUGUACGAGGAAUUCGCGCGGAACAUCCCGGGUUUCCUGCCCAGCGAGCGGGACGCCGCCCUGCUCAUGCAGAAAUCGAGCAUGGCCCCCCAGAUGGAGCCUCAGUCGCACCCCGCCACCUCGUUCGCCGUCGGGCAGUCAGUGCUCGCCAAUGACGAAGUGUCGAUGCUGUUCGAAAAGCUGACGGCCGACGUGGACCAGUUCAUCCAGCUGACCAGCACUCAAGCGCAGUACAGUCAUAUGUAUCAGAACAUGCUAGUGAUCAGGGACUGUGUGUUUCAUUUCUUGCGCACAAGGGACGUCAAUCCUCCACAGGCUAUUGUGCAUAAGUGUGUUGAGAGCUUGCAAGAUUGUUUAGUUCCCACUCUAAGCGAUAACGAUCCUGUCGUUUUGCGUUUUAAGGAAGUGAUCAUUCGAAUUUUGAAAGCCAUACAAGGAAUCGCAAGCCAACAGUGGACCAAUAAACUCGUUACGAGAUAUUUGACGGAAUGUCGCGAGGAACAACAAAGAUAUAACAUCGAUGCCGUCGACACCUUGAUAAAAUCGGGACUAGUGAAUGUGCCCCAAUACGACAUGGCGCUGGCCCAGUGUUUGGAAAACGGACUGAAUUAUAUGGGAGUUAGUUUCGCUAUGCAAUUGGUCGAACUUUGCCUAAUAAACGAUAGGUCCGGCCAGUUUGUAACGGAAAGCGAUUUGUGCAACACCGUCGAAGUGCUGGCCAAGAUCCAAACUCAGACGAGACAACCUCCUGAAGGUCUCGGAAACAUAAUUGAUAUUAUCAGACAAAAUCCCGAUACCGCUUUCUUUGGGGAUCGGGCGCCCAUGGGCCCCACCGUUCACAUUCAUAACGGCAUUUUACAGGUGCGCGCCCCGAACUACGAGGACCCACCCGGUCUAGUGGAAAAGACUGACUUCCUAUUGCGAGAAUGGAUCAACAUUUACAACUCGCAACAUCAAGGCCGCGACUCCACCAAAGCCUUCAGUAUUUUCGUGCACCAAAUGAACGUGCACGGCAUUCUAAAGACCGACGACCUAAUCACCCGCUUCUUCCGCCUGUCAACUCAGUUGUGCGUAGAAACGGUUUACAGAGCGCUUCUAGACAAAUCCAACACAAACAUGUCAACGCGUCCUAAAUGUUACCACACCCUAGACGCGUUCGUCCGCUUGGUGUCGCUGCUGGUCAAGCACUCUGGCGACGCCAACAAUACGACCACCAAAGUACACCUUCUGAAUAAGGUACUGGGCAUUGUUGCUGGCUGUUUGUUGCAAGACCACGACACUAGAACCGUCGAAUUCCAGCAGAUGCCCUACCAAAGGAUCUUCACCAUGCUCUUCCUGGAACUGAACGCCCCCGAACCCAUCUUGGAAGCCAUCAACUUCCACGUGCUCACCGCCUACUGCCACACCUUCCACAUUUUGAGGCCGUCGAAGGCGGCCGGUUUCUGCUACGCCUGGCUCGAGCUAAUCUCGCACCGAGUUUUCAUCGGCCGCAUGCUGGCAACCACGCCCCAGCAAAAGUGUUGGCCACUGUUCGCGCAGCUCUUGGUCGAUCUGUUCCGGUAUCUGGCUCCGUUCCUGCGCAACGCGGAACUCGCCAAACCCGUCACCAUGCUGUACCGGGGCACUCUCAGAGUACUUCUGGUGCUGUUGCACGAUUUUCCCGAGUUCCUAUGCGACUACUACUACGGCUUCUGCGACGUGAUUCCGCCCAACUGCAUCCAAAUGCGGAAUCUCAUCCUAUCCGCUUUUCCGCGAACCAUGAGACUGCCCGAUCCGUUCAUUCCCAAUCUGAAGGUCGAUAUGCUUCCCGAAAUAUCUUACGCGCCUAGGAUCAACACCAAUAUUUCCCUUACCAUUUCACCGGCCCAGUUUAAGAAGGACCUGGACUCUUAUUUGAAGGCUCGCGCCCCCGUCACUUUCCUGUCGGAGCUCCGGAGCAAUUUACAAAUUUCCAACGAGCCCGGCGUGCGUUACAAUAUAUCUCUGAUGAACGCGCUGGUGUUGUACGUGGGCACGCAGGCCAUCGCCUACAUCAGGAACAAGGGCCUCACGCCCAGCAUGUCCACAAUCGCGCACAGCGCUCACAUGGAUAUUUUCCAGAACUUGACCGUUGACUUGGAUACCGAGGGGCGUUACUUGUUCUUUAAUGCCAUGGCCAACCAGCUGAGAUACCCCAAUAGCCACACCCACUAUUUCUCCUGUACGUUCCUGUAUCUGUUCGCGGAGGCCAAUACGGAAGUGAUUCAGGAGCAGAUAACGAGGGUUCUCUUGGAGAGAUUGAUCGUGAACAGGCCCCAUCCCUGGGGUCUUCUUAUCACGUUCAUUGAACUCAUCAAGAAUCCCACCUACAAGUUUUGGCAGCACCAGUUCGUCCACUGCGCUCCGGAAAUUGAAAAAUUGUUCGAGUCUGUAGCCCGGUCCUGCUUCGUGAAGACUUCCGUGCAGAUGCAACAGGAAACUGAAGUGCCAGAAUGACGUGACGUAUAUAUGUAAAAAUAGGUUUGUUGAUUUGAAGGCAGUGGCAAAAUCACAUUUUAGUUUUAAUUUUUUGAUUUAGAUUAUUGUAUAUGUUUUACGUUAGAAAUUUAAGCAUUUUAUAAUAAAAUUUAGGUACUUAUAAAUACUGUGAAUAAAAAUGUUGCACUAAAAACAAA